GGGAAGAGCCAGGACACACUGGAGGGACUAUGUCUCUCGGCUGGCCUGGGAACGCCUCGGUGUUCUUCCCGAGGAGCUGGCCGAGGUGUCUGGGGAAAGGGAAGUUUGGGCUUCCAUGCUUAGACUGCUGCCUCUGCGACCCGGUCCCGGAUAAAGCGGAAGAAGAUGAAAGAUUUUAACUGUUCAAGAACCAAACGCCAAAGCAAAUUCCUGGUAAAUUCCAAAUUCCUUGUGAGAAUGUACUUGGCAAUAAACACAAUUCUGAUUCUAAAUCUGAUUCUGACAGUGAAACUCUGAGCAUUCAGACUGGAGAGAGCAACAGCAGCAGCGAAAUAAAAUGGCUUCUAAGUUUUCAGAGGAGGAUUUCUCCUGUAUUGUGUGCCGUGAAAUCUUCAGGGAUCCUGUUAUUCUGCACUGCAGUCACAGUGUGUGUAAAGUGUGUUUGCAGCAGUUCUGGGAGACCAAAGGAUCCAGAGAAUGUCCUCUUUGUAGGAGGCAGUCAUUUGUGGCUGAGCCUCCCAUAAACCUGGCCUUAAAGAACCUGUGUGAGAUUUUCUUAUUGGAGAGAAGUCAGAGAUCUUCAUCAGGGUCUGAAACCGUCUGCAGUCUGCACAGUGAGAAACUCAAACUCUUCUGUCUGGAUCAUCAACAGCCGGUGUGUUUGGUGUGUCAAGAUUCAAGAAAACACACCAACCACAAAUUCUGCACCAUUGGUGAGGCAGUAACAGACUGUAAGGAGAUGCUCAAAACUGCAGUGAAGCCCCUACAGGAGAAACUGAAGAUCUUUAAAGACUGUAAACUGAACUGGAGUCAGACUGCAGAACAUAUAAAGAUUCAGGCCCAACACACAGAGCGUCAGAUUCAGGAGGAGUUUGAGAAGCUUCACCAGUUUCUACGAGAUGAAGAGGCAGUCAGGAUCACUGCAUUGAGAGAGGAAGAGGAGCAGAAGAGUCAGAUGAUGAAGGAGAAGAUUGAGAAGCUGAGCAAAGACAUAUCCUCUCUUUCAGACACAAUCAAAGCCAUAGAAGAGGAGAUGGGAGCUGAAGACGUUUCGUUGUUAGAAAACUACAAGGCCACAGUGAAAAGAGCCCAGAGCACACUGCAGCAUCCAGAGGAGCUUUCAGGAGCACUGAUCCAUGUGGCAAAAUAUCUGGCCAACCUGCAGUUCAGAGUCUGGGAGAAGAUGCAGUACUACACCGUCCAAUACACACCUGUAACUCUGGACCCCAACACUGCUCAUCCUGAACUCAUUGUAUCUGAUGAUCUGAAAAGUGUGAGAUGCAGCGAUGAGAAACAGAAACUUCCUGAUAAUCCAGAGAGAUUUGAUGAAUAUUGGUGUAUCCUGGGAUCUGAGGGCUUUAACUCAGGGACACACGGCUGGGAUGUGGAAGUUGGAGACUGUACAUGGUGGAGUGUGGGUGUGAUGACAGAAUCUGCUCAGAGGAAGGGGGAGAUAUUCUUCAGAAAUAGAAUCUGGCGUGUGGAGUAUUAUUAUGGUAAAUAUCACGCAGCUUCUACACCACAUACAGCCACUCAGCUCUCAGUCGCACAGAAACUCCAGAGGAUCAGAGUGAAGCUGGACUGGGACAGAGGAAAACUGUCAUUCUCCGACCCUCUCACUAACACACACUUACACACAUUCACACACACAUUUACUGAUAAAUUACUGCCAUUCAUGAAUGUUUAUGGUUCCAUAAAGAUCCUCCCACUUGAGUGCUCUGUAAGAGUGAAUCAGAUCAGUUAGCAUUGAUGUUAUUUUAUUCCAGUUCAUUAAUAAAAUACUGCAGAUUAAAAGAUUAGUGUUCUUUGUGUAAGCGUCAUCGCCCUCCCCCGGAAACCCUGUAUUGACAGAAUAUCUUGAAAUAACGAAUUAACUCAAAUAAUAAGAUAUCUUAAAAUAUAUUAUAUACUUUGAAAGUAUGAGGAAGUCAAAAUAAUAAGUGAAAUAAUGGCACACUGUCUUGAAAUAACAAGGUAUUAACUCAAAAUAAUGACUUCGCAUUUAAUUAAAAUCACAGAGUGUUUAAAUGCAGAAUGAGCUGAAAAUAUUAUUUAAUUUUAUUGAUGUAUUUUAAAUAGUUUUAAAUAAACUGAGAAUUUGAAAGCUCAUGUCUUUACUGUAUUUGUACUUGUUAGCGUUUGCUGUUAAUCUUGGAUGAAAUGUUUAGCUGUGUGUGUGUGUGUGUGUGUGUGUGUGUGUGUGUGUGUGUGUGUGUGUGUGUGUGUGUGUGAAACUGUG